UGCGGAAACAGUCGUGAGAGAGAAGGGAAGCGCGCGUGCCGGGACUGGUACCAGCAACAAAGAACAGACAAGCCUCUCCCCGGCCUCCAACCCACCCUCGACUUUUGGGCGCAUUCCAGCAGCCUGGACUGUUAGGAAUCUCCGCGAGGCCGCAGGGCGGGGCUUGGGCGUCCCCCCAGCCAAUCAGAGGGAGGGAAGGGGUGGAGCCUCUUCCUGAAGGUUGCGGCUGCAGCGGCCAGUCUGGGUCGAGGGGAGAAGCAGCUCCGUUGGAUACCCGGCCCAGCCUGGCCCGGCCCAGCCUAGUCCGCAUUAUGGAGGAAGAGGCGGCGGUCCCGGCCCCGCGCUACUCUAUAGUCUUCCUCCUGGCGGCGGCAGCUGUGGCGGAGGCCGCCGUGGGACUGGUCCCUGGCACUUCUGGUGCCUUAUGUUGUUAUCAUGCAAAGGAUAAUCUAAUGUGCCGUGAUGUUUGUGAACAGAUUUUAUCAUCAAAAAGUGAAUCUCGUCUAAGACAUCUUUUGCAGAGAGCACCAAGUUACUGCCCAGAAUCAAUGGUUGAUGUUUGGAAUUGUAUGAACUCUUCUUUACCAGGUGUUUUUAAGAAGUCUGAUGGCUGGGUUGGUUUAGGCUGUUGUGAGCUUGCUAUUGUUUUGGAAUGUCGACAGGCAUGUAAACAGGCUUCUUCUAAAAAUGAUAUUUCUAAAGUUUGCAGAAAAGAAUAUGAGAAUGCCCUUUUCAGUUGCAUUAGCCAAAAUGAAAUGGGCUCAGUUUGUUGUAGUUAUGCUGGUCAUCACACAAACUGCCGGGAAUACUGUCAAGCCAUUUUUCGAACAGACUCUUCUCCUGGUCCAUCUCAAAUCAAAGCAGUUGAAAGUUAUUGUGCUUCUAUUAGCCCACAGUUAAUACACUGUGUGAACAACUAUACCCAGUCUUAUCCAAUGAGGAAUCCGACAGAUAGUUUAUAUUGCUGUGAUAGAGCUGAAGACUAUGCCUGCCAAAAUGCUUGCAAGAGAAUUCUGAUGUCAAUGAAGACAGAACUUGAAAUAGUCGAUGGACUCAUAGAAGGUUGUAAAACAAUGCCUCUGCCACAGGAUCCACUCUGGCAGUGUUUUCUCGAAAGCUCAAGGUCUGUUCAUCCUGGUGUUACUGUAUAUCCACCUCCUUCAACAGGCCUCGAUGGCGCCAAAUUACAUUGCUGUUCUAAAGCAAAUACUUCCACAUGUAGGGAACUAUGCACUAAGCUUUAUAGCAUGAGCUGGGGCAAUACACAGAGCUGGCAAGAGUUUGAUCGAUUUUGUGAAUAUAAUCCUGUAGAAGUUUCCAUGCUGACCUGUUUAGCAGAUGUUCGAGAACCUUGUCAGUUGGGCUGUAGAAAUCUUUCUUACUGUACAAAUUUUAACAACAGGCCAACAGAGCUUUUCAGGAGCUGUAAUGCUCAGUCUGACCAAGGGGCCAUGAAUGACAUGAAGUUAUGGGAAAAAGGAAGCAUAAAAAUGCCAUUUAUAAACAUACCUGUUCUGGACAUUAAAAAAUGUCAACCUGAAAUGUGGAAAGCAAUUGCUUGCUCCCUGCAGAUUAAACCUUGUCAUAGUAAAUCUAGGGGAAGCAUUAUUUGCAAAUCUGAUUGUAUAGAGAUUCUUAAGAAAUGUGGAGAUCAAAAUAAGUUUCCUGAAGACCACACAGCUGAAAGUAUUUGUGAGCUUUUGUCUCCUACAGAUGACUUGGAGAACUGUAUACCAUUAGAUACAUAUCUUAGGCCAAGUUCUUUAGAUAGCAUUGUAGAAGAUGUUACUCAUCCCUGUAACCCAAAUCCUUGUUCUGCUAAUGAAUUAUGUGAGGUGAAUAGAAAAGGAUGUCAAUCUGGUGAUCCAUGUCUUCCUUAUUUUUGUGUUCAAGGUUGCAAAUUAGGAGAAGCCUCAGAUUUCAUUGUCCGGCAAGGAACACUUAUCCAGGUACCAUCAUCUUCAGGAGAAGUUGGUUGUUAUAAAAUCUGUACUUGUGGACAAAGUGGACUAUUAGAAAAUUGUAUGGAAAUGCAUUGUGUAGACCUGCAGAAGUCUUGUAUUGUUGGAGGGAAACGAAAAAGCCAUGGAACGUCUUUUAACAUAGACUGCAAUGUCUGUUCCUGUUUUGCUGGCAAUUUGAUAUGCUCUACUCGCCUAUGUCUAAAUGAACAUAGCUCAGAAGAUGAUCGCCAUACAUUUACAGGUCUACCAUGUAACUGUGCAGAUCAAUUUGUCCCAGUGUGUGGACAGAAUGGACGCACUUAUCCAAGUGCAUGCAUAGCACGAUGUGUUGGUCUUCAGGACCAUCAAUUUGAAUUUGGAUCAUGUGUCUCUAAGGAUCCAUGUAAUCCUAAUCCUUGUCAAAAAUCUCAAAGAUGCAUCCCAAAACCUCAAGUUUGCCUGACUACUUUUGAUAAAUUUGGGUGCAACCAGUAUGAAUGUGUGCCUCGACAACUCCACUGUGAUCAGAUUCGGGAUCCUGUUUGUGACACAGACAAUGUAGAACACAACAACCUCUGUACUUUAUACCAAAGAGGAAAAAAUGUAUCUUACAAAGGCCCAUGUCAGCCUUUCUGCAAAUCAGCAAAACCUGUUUGUGGACACAAUGGUGAAACCUACAGUAAUGUAUGUGCUGCCUACUCUGAUCGGGUAGCAGUGGACUACUCUGGACCUUGUCAGGCUGUAGGAGCUCUCUCAGAAUACAGCUCUUUCACAGAAUGUGCUGCAGUCCAAUGUCCUCCUCUCCCAGCAACUGGAUGUAAACCAGUCAUCUCACCUGGUGCGUGUUGCCCAUUGUGUGCAGGGAUGUUAAGAGUUUUAUUUGACAAGGAAAAGUUGGAUACAAUUGCUAAGGUAACAACCAAAAAACCCAUAACUGUUCUGGAAAUACUUGAGAAAAUUCGCUUGCACAUUUCAGUUCCACAGUGUGAUGUAUUUGGCUACUUAAGCAUUGAAUCAGAAAUAGUGAUCCUGAUCAUUCCUGUUGAUCAUUAUCCAAAAGCACUACAGAUCGAAGCUUGCAAUAAAGAAGCAGAAAAGAUUGAGUCAUUGAUCAAUUCUGAUAGCCCAACUCUGGCAUCACAUGUUCCACUUUCAGCACUUAUCAUCUCCCGGGUGCAAGUUUCAAGUAGCCUUCCAUCCACUAGCACAAAAACUCUGCCUCUCUAUUGUCCUUUUUUCUUCAGCCUUGUAUUUGCCUUAUUAGUUUUGCACGGCACAUAGCUGCUUACACAACAUGCAAAACAAAUUCUCUAUAUUUUGUUUCUUUUUUGUAAAAGACUUUCAGGACUGAUGGUCUUUAUUAUGGCAAUCACCAAGUAAAAGCACAUGUCACUUCAAUAAUUCACCACACAGUAUUUUUAAGUUAUAUUUUUCAUUAGCAAAUCUUCUACAUUUUUUAUAUUUAUGAGAUAGAAAAUGGGAUUUCCAAAUAACAACUUUAAAAGUAGAUCUUUGACAUUGCAUUGCUACAUAAACUUGAUCUGAAAUUUGUUUAGAAAUGUGCUCUACCAUUGGGAAAAUCAGUCUGUCUGGUGAAUGAGAUGCUGUUACCCAUCUUAAAGAUGUUUUUCGUAGUUUGUUUUUUUUUGUUUGAUUUGGGGGGAGUGUUUUUUUUUUUUUUGUUUGUUUGUUUGUUUUGCGCUUUGCUUUAUAAAAGGAUUCACUUCUAGGGAGGAUUCCUUGCUGGGUUCCUUUAAUAGGAACAUUCCCCCAGUGUUUUUCAGUAUUUGUUUACAUAUCAGUUACUUGAAUCAGAAGCUUAGAUACAAAGAAAUAUAGUACUAAUAAAGUCACUGCCAACUAACUCAGUAUCAGAAAAAGAGAAUAUAUUUCUGAAAUGAUCAGGUUAAAUCAGUGGAAAUGUGUGACUAAAAAAUUCAAUUGAUACUUACAGAGGUAUACAAAAACAUAUCUGUUUAAUAAGUUAUCCUUCUUUAGUUAAGUGCUUCAUUAUAUCCUAUAGCUAGGUAUGUCACUGACAUGUUUUUGACUUUUGUGAAAGGGAAAAAUCCUCUGAAAUACAUAAAAAGUAAUAAUUUUUAAGCAAUAAAGCAUCCUAUCUUACGCAAUUUCUUAUGAUUCAAACCUAAUUUGGAUGGGAACAGUCAACUGAACCAACAAGGUUUUUAAACGUCAGUCUUAUAACAAAUUGCUGCUACUUAAAUAAUUGCCAAAAAGUGAAGUAAUUGUUUGUGUAAAUAAUAUGUGAUCAUUAUAUUCCUUAUAUUUUAUUAUGAAAAAAAUAAUAGCCAUGUUUUUAAAAUGACAAUCAUAAGUGUUUAUCCGGUACUUUUUUCCAUGAAGAUGCAUUCUGUCUUUAUAGUAUAUCCACUGUAGAUAUUAUGUAUUAUGCCUUAUUCCUUGUUGCAAAAUUUUUUUACAUUUGUUUAUAUAUAUAUAUAUAUAUAUAUAUACACACACACACAUAUCUAUGUAUAGAUGCUAUUCUAAAUAUUAAGAUGUUUUGCAUGUUGUUUAUUGAAUUUUAUACUUUAUAUAUGUUUAAAUAUUUGAAAUAAACAAUACAAUUUAAUACUUAUUUUAUGCACCUGAAUUUAGAAUCCACAUGAAGUAUUUUUUUCAGUAUUAGCCAACUUUUGAAGAAUAUAUGGACAUAAUUAUUUUUUGCCAAAAUGAUGUUUAAAGUAGGCACUUUGAAAGUAUCCAUAUGCUAAUGUAGCAUGCUUAUAACACUUGCUUUUUGUCUGUAUAAAAGUCUUCAAUGCAAUGUACCGGGCACCUCUUCUAUUUUAAUAAAAACAAUUUUUAUUUUC